AUGUUUAUAUUUAAUAUCUGUGUAUUUUGGUAUCAGCAACAUGAAAGGUCGUACUACAAGGCAAAAACUAAAAUGGUGACGGAGUUGCGGCAGCCCCGGACAACACUGUCUCUGAUGGAGAUGGAAAUGUUUUCUUUGAUCCUAUUGAGAGUAAUACCUUCUGGUGUUAUCCGCCUUACAAACAUUUCACCGGGCUUAAAGGCGCCAGUUAAUAAAUCGUAUCUGUGUGAAAAGAUGGUUCAAACUCCUGACAUCGUUACCUUUUCCAAAAAUGAUCCAGAUGAUAGUAAGAAUUGCAUUUGCUGCGCAGCAGCAGAAUUACAGAUCAUAGCACGCUACAGUGUCAAUGCAGAUACUGCUAGCUCAGGUCUGACAGUGUAUGUAUUAGGAUUCUCGUUAGGGCCACUGUUUUGCCCUCUCAGUGAAAUGUAUGGAAGAACAUUGCCAUACCGCUUGUCAUGGCCAAUGCUAGUUGUGACUUGUGCUAUGAGUGCCUGGAUUGACAACAUUGUUGUCAUAAUAGUCUUGGUGGUGGUAUUAUGUCUGAUAUGUACAACAUUGUUGACAUGCAAGGUCAAGCAAGAGUUGACGUUCAAAGCUAUUGCACUCUAUGCUGCUGCUAUAUCUGCCGGGCCCUGCAUUGCACUUCCGAUUGGUUUCUUUGUAUCAGCAAAUGCACCAUCUGAGUUGUGGGUACUCCGUGUCUACUUUUUCUUUGUCCUGUCCCUUCUCCCAGUAGUGUGGCUACUACCAGAAACGCACGGACCUACUGUACUAGCAUGGAGAUCUAAGAAACUUCGCAAGGAGGGGAUGCUGAAUGCUUGUGCAGCACAUGAGCUGAAGCACGAGUCAAAGAAACAAGUCUUUAUAACUAAUAUUGGCCGUCCAGCAGCAAUGUUUCUUCGUGAGCCAAUCGUCCAGGGUGCAGCAAUAUGGACCUCCUUGGCAUAUGGUAUAGUUUACUUCUUCUUCGAGGCAUAUCCUGUUGUGUUUUUUGAACACCACAACUUCCCUUUACAACUAACUGGUCUUCCUUUCCUUGCUAUGGUUGUUGGUUUUCAGCUUGCUGCACUGCCGUACCGCUAUCUUGUACGCAUAUUUUCAAACAUUCGCGUCCCCAGCUUUAUCCAGCCAGGAAAUCAAUCGCCAGACAGUCCUGAGUCAGCUCUAAAGUUGGCAGUCUUUGGAUGGUCAAGUGGUAGUGAAACACAUUGGAUUGUACCAACUUUAGCUGGCACUCUUUAUGCAUUCUCUACACUCAUUAUUUUCUAUACAUUCCUAACCUAUGCAAGUGCUUGCAACACAUUCUGGAGAUCCUUAAUUGGCUCCAUAUUUCCUGUAGCAUCUCAUUCAAUCAUCUCACGCCUCGGAACAAAGUGGGGAGUAUCAUUGUUUGGAUUUCUCUCUCUUGGCCUCUUGCCUAUCCCAAUCAUUUUCCUACGCUAUGGUGAAAUCUUUCGCAAGAAUUCACAUUAUGGCCAUGAGGCCAAUACAAUUGUUGCCAAAAUGCGAGCUGUAGCAGCACAGGCUAAAAGGGAUACACAGUUGGCAACCUCAAACGCAUCUGUGUCAUCUCAGAGAAAGUCUACGGAUGCAAUCAUAGAAUUGACCGAGCACCGUAUAACACAGAGAAGUAACCAAGUCAACGAUGUCGACAAGGCGGGUAAGAAAUGGUAUGCGAACCGAAACAUGUGGUCUGGACGUUCAAUAACUAGUGCACACCAAAUUGGACAUCUUCUCAUCGAGUUCCUUGGACUGAAAGAACUUGAACCUAGCAGCCUGGCGGUUAUUGGUAAAGUAGAGCAGCUUAUCAUUUACUCCCACAGAGCUCUGUCAUGCUAA